AUGUCGGCGAGGGACUUCUUCUCCAUUACCGACCCUGUGCAGAAGGAGCAGGCAAGGCACAUGAUCAGCAAGCUCCAGUCCAAGAUUCUCUACAGCGAGAAGUACUACGAUGACGAGUACGAGUACCGCCAUGUUGUCUUGCCGAAGGACUUUGCCCGUCUGGUGCCUCGCCACCGCCUGAUGGACGAGUCCGAGUGGCGCCAGCUGGGCGUUCAGCAGUCGGUCGGGUGGCGCCACUACAUGUUUCACAAGCCGGAGCCGCACGUGCUGCUCUUCAAGCGGCCAAAAACGCAGUAG